UUAUUCGAUGAACUAUUGAUCAAACUUCGGUGUUAUGGUCGUACAGCUAAAGAAUCUAUAUACGACGGCAGCGAUAGUCGCACUUGACGCCGGGCGAAAGUUUUGAAAACGAAACGAAAAUAAAUAUAGGUUCGCUACUUAUUCAAUAUAAGCUGCAGUCGAUAAGCGCGUAUUUCGCUGGACCGCUCGCUCGGUAAUGAAGCGUGUUUCGAUUGAUAAGCAGCGCAUCUAUAAUAUCGAAGUAUCGAUGAAUACGUCGAUGAAAGUCGCGAGGAGCAAGAGUCUCAGCGAAGAUGGUGGCAAACAGCAGAGUCUUGUCAUUAUCGAUUCUACUAGUUUUAAUUAAUUGGAAUCGAGAAAACGUGUUCUGCAGUUCGCAAACUGCAACCGGAGAUCCGAUAUUUAAGGAAACCUUCGAUUCAACGAGAUUAAAUAAAGCAGUUUGGGAGAGAGAAAUCAAAAUACCUCACGAUCCUGAUUACCAAUUUUGCGUGUAUCAUAAGCACGAUGAGACAGUGCAGAUUGAUAAUGGCAUUCUUCGCAUAAAACCAAGGUUGUUCGAAGACGCUUACGGGGAAGAUUCGAUUCUUCUCGGUCAAUUACGGCUAGCUGACUGUAGCAGCUCGAUUCCAGAAGAAUGUAAUCAGCAAGCAACGUCUUACCAUAUUCUUCCUCCUGUUAUUUCUACUAAGCUGGUUACGAGAAAUCACUUUGAAUUCCGAUACGGUGUGAUUGAGGUCCGGGCUAAAUUUCCUGAAGGGGAUUGGCUGUAUCCCGAAAUAUGGCUGGAACCAUUGUACAAGAGCUACGACAAGCGCUACGCGAACGCGCGCAUAAACCUGGGCCGGGUGCGUGGGAACGCGGUGCUGACCCGUCAUGGCGAAAACCUGGGCGGCAAAACGCUAGAGUUCGGUGUGGGCAAUGGUACCGGCGCCGACUUUUACGAGGAAACAGUCUCGGAGCUGCGCAGGUCUGGCGAAGCUUGGAACAAGGACUUUCAUACCUACAAGACCACUUGGUCGAGCAGCGGAUUGACGUUUCACGUUGACGGCGAACUGGUCGGCAAGCUCGUGCCCACUGCAACUGGAUGGUCCAGUCAAGACAACGUCGCUACUGUGAGCAUGGCACCCUUCAAUGAAAAGUUUUAUCUCUCGAUCGGAUUAGGCGUCGGCGGCAUUCGUGUUUUCCCGGAUGGCACACAGACCAGCACUUACGUAAAGCCCUGGAGGAACAUCAAUGCAAAGGCGAUGCUGCUGUUUUGGCAAGCUCGAGACAAGUGGCUGCCAACCUGGCAGAUACAUAAAGGAGAGAAGACUGCUUUGGAGAUAGAUUACAUAAAAGUUUGGUCAUUAGAUUGAGAUAUUUUUUUAUUGAAAAGACAUUGUUACAUUGCAAUGAAUCUAUCAAAAACAUGCACCUAGUACCACGUUUUAUGCAAUAGGUAUAUAUUGUUGAAUCCACCUGUCAUACGUAGCUACUUUAUUUUUUAAUUUUAACAUAUUAACUUUCAUUCAUUCAUGUAAAUUAUUUAAACUAUUUCCAGGAUCCACAACUUAAAUAAAUGAUCAGACUGAUGGAUUAAUCUCAAUACAUAAUAAAUCCUAUCAUGAUUUUUUUGCA